AUGUCCAAACGAAGUGCAUCCGACAGGACGACAGACGGCCAAGCAUUCGCAAAGGCCUCCGGAAGUGGGGCUAAGCGUGAUGAGAAUGAAGUAAAUGAUAUCGGUGAGUUCGAGGAUGCUUGGGAGGAUGAAAUCGAAUCCGAAGAGGAUGUGGUCGAUGGAGAGGCUGGGGACGGCGAAGAUGGAACGCAUGUCCUUGGAAAGGACGAGAUAUUGGAGCCUGAUGACUCAGUAUAUAUCAUGCGCCAUUCAAUGAAUGUGACAUGGCCUUGUUUGUCGUUUGAUGUCCUCCGGGACAGUUUGGGGGACGAACGGCAGCGAUACCCAGCAACUGCAUUUCUUGUCGCUGGAACACAAGCAGAUCAAGCAAGCAAAAAUGAGCUUACAGUCUUUAAAAUGAGCUCACUGCAUCGAACUCAAAAAGAUGGAGAUGAUUCAGAUUCGGACGAGGAGGAUGAUGACGCUCUCGAUGAAGAUGCUAUAUUGGAAUUCCGUUCAGUACCUCACCACGGUGGCGUAAACCGCGUUCGUGCCCAACCCUUACCACCAUCAUCACCUCUACCUUCAGCAUCACAGCCCUACUAUACCGCAACGUGGGCCGACACUGGCAAAGUCCAUAUAUGGGACAUUAGACCGCUUAUCGAGUCUCUCGACGUUCCGGGAUACUCCCAACUUUCACAAUUAACUCGCAUGGUCGCUGCCGAAGGAUUUGCAAUGGAUUGGGCAUCAUCGGGAGAUGCAAAUCCCUCAUCACUACGUCUACUCACUGGAGACGUGCACUCGAAGAUAUACCUGACGACAACUACGCCAUCGGGAUUCAAUGCCCUUUCUCAACCGUUCACGUCACAUACCUCCAGUGUUGAGGACCUGCAGUGGAGCCCAUCCGAGCCCACCGUUUUUGCAUCAUGCUCUGCGGACUGCAGCGUGCAGAUCUGGGACGUGCGGAGUAAAGGACGACGAAGUGUGGCCGGAAUCGAGCCAGCGCAUGAGAGUGACGUGAAUGUGAUUAGCUGGAAUCGAAAUACUGGUUACCUCCUUCUCAGUGGCGGUGAUGAAGGUGGAAUCAAAGUUUGGGACUUACGCAAUGUCCAAAAGAAAGGGACAACAGUGGUUCCCAGCCCCGUGGCGUCUUUCAAAUGGCACAGCGCCCCUAUAACCGCUAUCGAAUGGCACCCAACUGAAGACUCGAUAUUCGCUGCGUCUGGAGCGGAUGACCAAGUGACCCUUUGGGAUCUCGGGGUAGAACCGGACGAUGACGAAGCAGGCAUACCCAUGAACGAUGCACCUGAUGGUGCGCGGGACGUCCCACCGCAACUCCUCUUCGUCCAUCAGGGUCAAAAGGAUGUCAAGGAAAUUCACUGGCACCCACAGAUUCCAGGCACAGUUUUAAGCACUGCACUUGAUGGAUUCAACAUAUUCAAAACGAUAUCAGUGUAGUUGUGCGCCGG